AUGGACGCUGUAGUUAAUCUAAAAAGAGAGGAAGCUUGUGCUAGUCAGGGGGCCAUCCCCAUCACGCUGACUGGGCCUUGGUGGUUGUUGCGUGGAGGCGGCAGAAGCGGAGGAGAAGGUGGUGGUGGUGGUGGGCUGGUGACAGUGGCAGGUCAAGGGGUGGGGGCUUGGCCAUGGGGGGGCCGCAUCCCAUCCUCCACUCUGCACCGGGACAGGCGGUGGGGCUGGGGGUCCUGGGGCGGGGGUCCAUUGAGGGGAGCUCCCAGAUUCUCCGAGCUCAGGCCCUGGCUGGGCGGAGGGACGGCUGGGGUGACAGGAGGUGGAGGUAGUACCGGUGGAGGAGGAGGCGGAGCAGACAAAGGAGGCAGGGUGAGAUGCUCCCGAAGAGUCUGGGUUCUCCUCGGCUCACUGGCUCUUGUCUUUCUCACCUCCCUCUUCUUCUCCGUCUCACUCCGUGGAGGCGUUGGCUUCAACUACCUGGAGCCGCCUGGGUGGGAGGAGUCAAGGCGGGUGAAGCUAGUACCCAGCUAUGUGGGUGCACAUAGGCUGUCACCACCUGACACCCCACAACAGAAGACAUGUGCCUGCCCACGUUGUGUCGGAGACCCCGGCGUUUCUGAUUGGUUCGAUGAGAACUACGACCCAGAUAUUUCACCAGUUUGGACCAGAGACAACAUCCAGCUGCCUUCUGAUGUCUACUACUGGUGGGUGAUGUUGCAGCCUCAGUUUAAGCCCCACAGCAUCCAGCAGGUGUUGCUGAGGUUGUUCCAGGUAAUUCCUGGAAGGUCUCCUUAUGGCUCGUGGGAUCCAGGACGGUGCCUUCGCUGCGCCGUGGUGGGGAACUCCGGGAACCUGCGUGGGGCUGGAUAUGGGGCCACCAUUGACGGGCACAACUACAUCAUGAGGAUAAACCUGGCCCCCACAGUGGGCUAUGAAGAAGACGCCGGCAGCCACACCACUCACCACUUCAUGUACCCGGAGAGCGCCAAGAACCUGGCGGCUAAUGUCAGCUUCGUCCUGGUUCCCUUCAAAACACUGGAUCUCGUCUGGAUCACCAGUGCUCUGUCCACCGGCCAGAUUCGAUUCACGUACGCUCCAGUAAAGCAGUUCCUCCGUGUCGAUAAAGAUAAGGUCCAGAUCUUCAACCCAGCAUUCUUUAAAUACAUCCAUGACCACUGGACCAGACAUCAUGGACGCUACCCCUCCACUGGCAUGCUAGUGCUGUUCUUUGCCCUGCAUGUCUGUGAUGAGGUGAAUGUGUUUGGUUUUGGAGCAGACAGUCGGGGAAACUGGCACCACUACUGGGAGCAGAACCGCUACUCUGGAGAGUUCAGGAAGACAGGCGUCCAUGAUGCUGACUACGAAGCUCAGAUCAUCCAACGGUUGGCCAAGGCUGGAAAAAUCACCGUAUUCCCUGGGAAAUAACCGGCAAAUCGUCCUGUGUAUCUCAUGUUCCAGUACUGGUAUGACAAAUGAUGCUACAGAGGCUAUGUAUUAGAUCAUCUUGCUCUCACCUACCAGCACCAGUUUGGAUUCCCAGUUAAAAUAACCCAAAGGCUUACAGAAGAUGUGAUGAAAUGGUCACAAAAUGGUAAAAAAUAAUGUUAUUCCACCCACUUUCCCUCAUAUUUGGAGAUAGCCUAUGAAUCGGGGCUCUGAUUGGAGAACAUUGUGUUGACUCAUAGGAAACAGGAACAAGGAACAUCCAUAUCCAAAUGUAGUUCUCCUCAAUUAGGACUGACUUAAUAGAGGGAGUUGAGCCUUAAAUUUGACUUUAAAAUAAUUGGCUCUUUUCAAGGUUUUACCUCAAGUGGCCAGUGCUAGCACUGAAAGACAAGACCACAUAUCUCUUUCCAAGGGCAGCUUCAGAAAUACAAGUGAGAGCUGGACCACAGGAAAGCUCAACCAGUCACCAUGAGUACUGAGUUAGACUGUGUGCUGCUCAGAGAGAGCUGGAGAAGGGAAGACCUCAUGUACAAAUCUCCCACUUGUGGACUGUCCCUCAUCCAUUAAUGCAAAGGCCGCAAACUACAGCAUCAGCAUGUGUGUAUAACCACCAUACUGUACUGUAGUUAUUUUGAAACUUGAGAACUACUUUUCUAUCUCUUACAGAACCCUGGGCCGUGACUCUGUUGAGAAUGAACUGUUCUUCUCGAAUCCUGUAUCAAUUUAAAGCUCGCCUGCUGCAUUUAACUGUCAUAACUCGACUUUAUGUGAGUUCUUCCUCAUAAGGCAGGGUUCCUAGUCUGACUGUGAUGGGUAAUAAAGUGGUUGCCCAGAAGACAAUAGGUGACUGCUGUAAGUUUAUAUCGUAUGACCUUCCUUUAAACUUUUGGAGCUUUGUCACCUUGCAGAAGGCUCACAGUGACACGAUCAAGACUUUUGCCUUUUGACCGUUCAGACUCAGAAAGCACUAACAUGAGCUUCAGCUUCUGCAGGGCCACCUGGCCUGGUUUCAACCAGUGACUGCAGGCCCUCCUUCAGUCUUAAUUCACUUGCCGACGCUGGAAGAAAUGUUGCGGGAAAAAAAGUCCAUCUCCUGGCAUGCUGGUUUCCGGACCAGAGUUUAAUCCCCAUGUGGUCUGUCAGGGUCUAUUUUGGGAGGAGAGGACUGGAGACAGAGAGCUAGAGCAUGAAGAACCAGCCUGACAAACUCAGCAUGAGAAACACAUCAUUUGCUCCAGUGUUUUCAUGGAUAAAGAGAAAAGACGUGAACACUGUUGUUCUACACAAACUGUACUCGGUUCACAGCUUUGGAACCACGCUGUGCUUCUUUUCCCUUUCACAGACCUACAGCUACAGCCUCACUCCUGCAUCCCAGUGGAGUUAGAGACUGGCAGGAGAGCGUCACCCCUGAUUAAGGCCCAUAUGAUGACAGAAAACCCCACUUGAUCUGGGAAUUCUUCUUCAACAUGUCAGCAACUGAGCUUCAUUAACCACUAGCCCUGUCCCUGCCCAGCCAGCUCAAACUUCAGCUACAUGUGGAGGGGUUGGAGCCACCAGACGCCUUAGACUUAACCUCCAUAUACUGCACUUCCUGUUCUGAUUUUCACAAUGAUGCCGCCCCCUCGCAGACUACAGAUUUCCUUUGUUAGUUUUACGUACUGUUUAGCUUUGAGUUAACACUCUGGCUGGAUUUUUACUAGCUCAGAUUAGAUUUUCUUUUCCACUCAGGUGGCACAUGAAUAGUUCAUUUUUUUAUUGUGGUUGGGGAUCAUCAAAUAAUAUUUAUUUACACAUUUAUACCUUGCAAGCAUAUAUCGGGCAUGAAGGUCCUGCUAGGCUAUCGACAAACUAAAACAUCAGUGGAAAACAGAAAAUGUGUGCCACAUAGAGAAAAGAAAAUAUUUAGUUUGAGCUGGGGCUUUUAAUCCAUCCAAAGAUGUGUUUAUCAAGAAGCAGCUGGUGACUGACGAGAGAAGUGCUCAGUGUUCCUAAACAGGUCUGGAAAAUAUGGACAAGUGGCAGUCUUUUGAGGUCUGAUAAGUAAUACUUUACUGCCCCUUUACACCAAACUAAUGUUUGAAUGCACAGGUAUGAAUGAUUGUUAAAUGACUAAACAGCUACUUCAUACUGUGCUGAGAGUUCAGGCUUUUAAAACUCACUUUCUAGACUCUAUGUAGAAAGCAAUUAGUAUUUAUGUCACUGACGUGCUACUUUAAGUGAAGAAAUAAAAACCUUUGUGAAAUUUGGAUUCAAAAUAUUUCCCAGCAAUGUUAAAUAUUCGUAACUAAUUAAGCAAUAAUCAAAUCUAAAGGCACCCUGUGGAGUUUUUGACCGUUGGUCGUGCUAUGUAGCAAUGUUUUUAAUGUGUUUUGUUUCUUCUUGUAGCUGCGUGUGCUCAAACACAACACUUUGAUUCGUGCCAGUGGUUUCACACUAUUCCACUGAUCUACAGGUGGUGGUGAUGUGCCAAGAAAUGUGGCAGGGAAAGAGAAGACUGCUAGCAAGUAAACAUGGAUGUAAAUAACGCAGGAUUUAAAAUAUUUAAAACGUCGUUAUUGCAAAUUUUAUGAGGAUGGAAAUUUAAUCCAAGACAUUUAUCUCAAGGUUGUAAACAGAAACUCCACAGGGUAUGUUUGGAAAAGUACCAAAAGAGAGUUUAACACUUAAAAACAGUCUGAUUUGUUUAUUUGGGAGUGGUUUGGUCAGAUUUGAUUGGCAGUAGCCUGGUAACAACCAAACAUCCCACCUAAAGUUAUCAGAUUUUGAUUCAGUUACUGCAAAAAAAGUUUGCAGUAACUGAUUAGUGCACAGUUUAUGUGACAUCAACAAUAUCCAGCUGAGGCCCACUUCAAACCCAGAGCAAUGAAAAACUCAAAACAAAAAACUGGGUUUUCAUGCAUCCCAUCCCUCACCGUUCCAAGCAAGAAGCAGCUUCAGGAACAGCCAUGUUUUCAGGACCUUCAAAACUAUGAGAGAACAGUACCAGAGUUGGUGUAUUGUUUUAGUAACUCAUAAUGUGCUAUAUGGUGAGCUAAAAAAAAAAAAAACAACAACAACUCUGCCACAUCCAAGAAUGGAAUAGAAGCUGUGCAGGAACUGUGAGUGCUGCAGCAGAUGGUACUUAUACAUGAAACAACACCUGUGCAUGAGUGAGAACCGAGUCUGCAGUCAGAGGAUUUAUCCACCUGACAUUACUCUCAUGAAGUCUUUUUUUUAUUUACAUGUAGUUUAAACAUCCCUCUUGUCAAGAAAGGUUUGAGACAGACACACAUACACACACACACACACACACACACACACACAGACAAAUGAAGAGGGCCAGGGUGUCAUAAUGCCCCCAACAGGCGAUGGGAAGAACUGCAUGUCCUGUGAUGAUUUCACUUUUGUUGGUGUAUUAUUGUUUCUUGUUUGAAUGACUUUGUGUAACCACGUGUGAUUCUUAUGUGUCAUCAUUAUACUUUAUCUGCUUUUAGUGGGGGUUUUUUUUCCUACUUUGCACAUACAGAUUUUAUAGAAUGCUUGGGUCUUGAGCUGCGCUCAUUGUAAGGGUCAGUGCUGUUAAAUAUGGACACACCAUGAGUUGGAUCCCAGCAUUGGGAGCCAAAAGAUAUAGAAAAACCAGACCACGCACACACAAACACACAUAUAAAUAGACAUACGCAUACACAUACGCAUUCAUGCUUUCGUGCCUUGUCCUGCUGCUGGACGUCUUUCACCUACAGCUGCUCCACCGGCAACACACACCUUCCUACCUUUGCAUUUUUUUUAGUCUCACACACACACACACACGCACUCACACAUGCACACACUCAUCGUUUGGCUGAGAGCUGUGCCUUCUGAGCUAUACACACGCACACACACCCACACACAUCUACAUGAAAACAAACACUCUGCCUUCUGCUCGGGGUACAAACUUGUCCCGCUCUUCACUUCUUACCGCUCUGUACACUGACAUUGUUUUCUAAAGAUCGCUGUAGGCUAAAGGAAAGGAUGUAAACUCAUGCAGUGUGACUCGCCGUGAAUUCAUAUUAGGCUAUUUGCUACUUUUUUUGAACAUACAGUGUAUAGGUAUUUUGAGGCAUUUCUGCUUUUCUAGAUAACACAGAGUGAGGAAUGGCAGGACAGAUGGCAGACAGACAGGUCAUCUGGUUGAUUCAAGCCCACAGAGUUGCAGGUAUUAUCUCAUCUUUCUGUAUUGAAUUUAAACAACAAAUAACAGAUGGUGAAGAUGACAAAGCUUCUCCAGUUUUAGACGUAUCAGUGUGUGCCGCUGCAGUCCUGAUUCAGUGUCUUCCCGGAGUUGUUUGUUUCCCAAGCUGCUCUUUCCAACUUGAAAAUGAAUGUGUAAAUUGUUUUGGAGAUAACAUCAUAACAUCUUUGGGCUCUAUGGCAGGAGGAUAACGCAUUCCUAUCACAUUCUUGCAGCAGGUAGAAGGUUCUUAAUGGAACGACUGUGCCCCACAAACAGGCGAGACCCUUUUUUCAGCAUGGAAACUGUUAUCAGCUCCCACAAUUUCUCCUAGUUGUAGACCAGAACAUUGUGAUCAGAUAGCGGAGAAAGGGGGGCAGGGUGAUUCCUCUCUGUUGCGUGUCAGCCUGAAUUAGAGUGGAGGGGUUUUUUCCACCGAACACAGAACAUGACACAGAUCUGAGUUCCCUGUAGCAUUUCUAACCUAAAGUAGGUCUUUUCUCGUAUCUCUGACCCAAUACACACAUUCUUUUCCUCUGGAGUUGAUUCUUGAAAUAAUUAAUUGGAAGAAGCACCGGUUUUCAGGUCCAUGUCUGAAGAAAGAAGUGUCCAAUAGAUGUCCAGGGAGCAGCAUGUUUUCUCAGGUGAAAUCUGAAUGUGUGCUUCAGUCCUCUGAUAGCAGUGACAGAGACAAGUCAAAUGAAGCUGACUUCAGAGGUGAAUUUCUGUCACAACUUAAACUGGACUGAUGUCUUUUGAAAAUUAUUUUUGGAAUUUCCAUGUCAAAAGUUCAUCCCUGAAAUCAUCUUUAUCUACAUUGUUGCUGAUGGAAUCCAGGUUCCUCCAUCAUCCAGAACUAUUUUUACAUUGUUAUGUCUCACAUGUGCUGAGGCACAUUUCAGUAAAGACACAAACACCCAAUUACUCAUUGCCUGAAAACCUGUCAAGCCUUGUACAACUGCACAAAGCAGAAGGCACGAACAACUGGAGUUUACCACAAUUUCCGUUUUCCUGGACGAAAAAAGAGCCACAUUUAAGUCAUUAUGUUAAAUUUUUUAUGAGGUAAUUAAGCAGAGUGAACUUGGAAAUGAACAGUCUGAAAGCACACCUGUUCAGCUUGGGAAAAGUGGAUUUUAGAGAAUAGCUGUAGAGAAUCUCAACCCCUGACAUGCCUCUACUUUAAAGAAAUAGUUGGAUAUUUUGGGAAACCUGUUAAUUAAUGUAGCCACAUCUGUGUGGCUACAGCCUGGAAAUAUUAGCAUAGCUUAUCAUUAAGAUAGGAAACAGCCAGCCAAUUAGUCUGUCCAAAGUUAACUACUUCAGAACUACAAGUUGUUGUUUUUACACUUCUGUUUUUGUCAUUUGACAAAUUUAAGAGGCACUGGUAGGCUAGUAGUUACCAUUGGCCUUUGGAAUGGGACAGCAUAGCUGUUUCCAGUGACAGUUAAGCUAAUUGUCUCCUGGCUGUCACAUAUAUAGCAUACAAACACGAGUGGUACCAAUCUUCUCAUCACUCAGAGGUAUUUUUCCCAAAAUGUCACAUUAUAUAGUUGAUGAAGUUUUUUCUAUCUUUGGUGCUUUUGACUUAUUCUAAAAUAUUAAUCAGAACAUGUUAUCUGAUCAAGAGUUCACACGAAAAAUCUAAAAAUUUGAUUGAUUUGUGGUUGCUUGGCAGGGAAAAACAAUAUAAGGGGUGUCUCCGGCUGUAACACAAAGGAAUGUGUGUGAGAAAAGGAAUCACAGCUCUCAUGGCUUGAAAAAUACUUAAUACUGGUCUCUUUCCUUUGCUGUAGUUAACAUAGCUGCAGCUCAGUGUCAUUCUGAGGUAAUGGAGAAUGGGUUUCUGCAGCAGGGACAGAUAUUUAAUUGACUGUUAGAGAAAGAGCUUUAAAGAACAAAUCCAUCCUGAUCAAAACACUGUCGGUCCAGGCCGUCGGCACAGUGACACCGCCUGCGACUGUUGCCAGUUUGCUGGGGUGUUUGAGGCUGAGGUGAGGACAGCCUCAGGCAGCUCUUUCCUCAUCGGUUCACCGGUCUGCAUUGAACAGAAACAGCUCUUCAGCAGCAGUCACUGAGCUGCAGAGUGCACAUAUCACACUGUCUCUGUGGAUUGUAAUGCUAACACUCAUACCUCUGUCAGCUAUUGUGCUAGCACUCUGCAAUCAAGUGUGAAGUAUCAAGUAGGAUCAAAGGCUUCUUAGUGAAUACAUACGCCAUAACAGCAAACGUACAUGUGGCUCAUAUGAAACAGACAAUGCAGGAAAAAGGGUAGCCUAAGACUUUAGAGCGUUUAGUGUCCCAGUUAGGAUCAGAGAACUCAUAUGGGUGGUUUCCUGCUGUCUGGAUAUGUCAUUUAGUCAUGGCUUCAAUGUUUUGUUCUUCUGUAGGACUACCUUUAUGACAAGGUAGGACAUGUGUAUUUACUACAUUGAAACAUAUGUAUGAUAAGUGAUCCGAUUCUUUGUAUCUUAUGGUAUUGUACAAAUAAAAGCUUCAUGAAA